AAAAUUGUUUCUUUCUUAUUUCAAAACAUGGCCACAGCUGAGAAAAGAAAGCUAGAGGAGGAGAAAGUCAAAGGAGAGGGAGUGGAGGAAUCCCCAAAGAAGAAAAAGCCCAAGAAAGCCCUCGACUCGAGAUUUGGCGGUAGAACAGAAGAAGAAAUAAUGCAGCUAUUGCUCCCUGACCACCUCCAGCCUGACCUCGACAUUGUUUUUAUUGGAAUAAAUCCCGGCCUUUUGUCUGCUCACUUGGGUCACCAUUACUGUAAUUCGAAUAAUCACUUCUGGCCCUGUAUGUAUGAGUCUGGGCUAAUCCCUCGUAAGAUGGGAUAUAAAGAAGAUGCUGAAUGCUUGCUGUAUGGCAUUGGAUUCACUAAUAUCGUUCCACGGACUACUAGAAGCAGUAAUGAGCUUUCUAGGAAGGAGAUUAAGGAGUGGUCACUGGUAAUGAUAGAUAGGAUGAAAGAGCUCAAGCCAUUAGUUGCUUGUUUUAAUGGAAAAGGUAUAUAUGAAAUAUUUUCAGGAAAGAAAUGUCAAGUUGGUAUCCAGCCUGAUCCCCUACCAGGGACAGAGACAGUGGUGUAUGUAAUGCCCUCCACGUCAGGUAGAGCUGCUUCUCAUCCUCGUCGAGUUGACAAGUUAAAGUUUUUCCACGAACUAAAGCAACUAAGAGACCGUCUCAAACUAGAGAAAGGUCGAGUUUGCACGCUAGACUCUUCUUACCAACAACUGCAGGCCAUUCCCUCUGCUUCGGUUGCUGUGACAACCGUUUCCAUGGCAACCCCAGGGAUUACAUCAGAGCCAGUACAAGGAAUUACUGGUAAAGCCACAGAUGAAAACAAAUUAUUAGUAGGACCACUGCUACCAGAUGGCACAGUUGCUAAACAUAAUACUGGUAGUGAUUACAAGAAUCAGUUAGCUGGUAAUGCCACUAUAGCCACUGCCAAUAAUGAUACUACUAGUGUAUCAGGAGGAGUCUCCUUUUAUAAUGCAGAGUGUCCUCUUACAUCAGGGAGUCACUCAACUAAUAAAUAAAUACGUCAUCAGUCAACCUAGUUAUUAGUGGUAAUAAUAAUAAUAAUGAUUAAUUAUUGUUUAUUUUAGUUCAUUUAAAAAUCAAUUCUUUUGCUCUUAAUUGAUUUGUUUUUGAAUUGAC